AUGGAUAAAUUCGACACACAGAAUCGUAUUCAAAAGAUUACGGCUGAAUGUCAUGGACUCCGGAAGACAGUUACCCUUGGCCUUGACACCUGUCGCGAAUUCAGAUACAGGAACCUGCGAGUGGAAUUGCCGAAACUUGGUCCAUUACCAGUGGACGGCUAUUUGAGUAAGGUCGAAAGAAAUAAACUGAACUGA